UCUGCCACUAACCACCCACCAACCGAAAAUUCACUUGUUCCCAUCGACUCUCGACAACGCUUCGACCGCCAGCGACUCACCAUACACCUACGUUACUCCGAGUCGUCCACGAAGCCCAACAUGUCCAAGUCCAAGAAGACGGCGGCCAAGCGCAAGCAGAAUGUCGAAUCGACCGAGGCGUCGGCCAAGCGAGUAAAGACGGCCGCCGGCGCCCUGCCCUCCCCUCCAGCCGAAUCCGGACCCGAGGUCGACCGAUUCGAACCCAAGAGCAUCACGACAGUAGUUUCGGAGGAGGAAUUGGAAGUCACAGUCGACACCCUUCGCACAUUGGCCGAGAAUCCUGCCAUAAUCAAGUCCAAGGCGUGCAAGGAACUGCGCUCUGUCGUCUAUGACUUCAGACAGGCCUGCACCACGGGCAUCAACUCCAGUUCCGACGCCAACCUUACCGCAAAGGUCUCGGGCUUCCUGGCCGACGGCAAGUUUGUCGAUGCCCUUGUUACACUGGCCGAGAUGCGCAUUCGUGGCGACAUCCCCAGGCUAGGCGCCUUGUGCCGCUGGGUCAGAGACCUUGACAUCACUAGCGGCCUGUCGCAGACCGAAACUACCAACAGACAAAGUCGACCCGAGCUUCUCAAGAUCAUGGACGCCAUUCUGAGAGCCACCGGACAGCCGAUUGAUGCUUCUGGACUUGGGGACUCGUCAUCAACAACAUGGACAGGGCCCAUUGCGCUUCAGAACAUGUGGGAUAUUCGAGAGCCAUCAACAACCCCAUUUCCCAUGCGGCAAUCUGUUCUAGACGGCACAUUAUUCUCGGUAUGCCCACCGAAUGUCAAAGACCUGUUUAACGCCAUCGAGACCACUCCCGGUCCUCAACGAAAGCCACCCAACCUCCACCCGGCUGUCCUUCACCUCAGCAACGAAGGUGCCGUCCCGCUAUCUCCCACUUCCCCGACCAUCACCAAGCACCAACACCCCAUCGUUCCCUCCCUAUCUAUCCUAAAGGACGUACUCUCGCCUGCCGAGUGCAAGUCCAUCAUCGCUGCCACCGAGUCUGUCGGCUACCUCCCCGACGCACCCAUCAAGGAAGACGGUUCCGAGUCCAGCAUCCUCGCCCACAACGUCUACUGGAUCGUCGAUCAAACCUUCCACGACGCCCUCUGGGAGCGGGUCCGCCCUUUCAUGCCCACUCACGAUGCGGGCAGGAAGGCGCGGGGUAUCAACCGUCGCUUCAGGGUCUACCGCUACGUCCCCGGAGCCGAGUAUCGCUGCCACUUUGACGGCGCCUGGCCUCCCUCUGGCAUUCACCCUACGACGGGCAAGUACAUGUACGAUGCCUCGCCGGCGGACAAGAAGCAGUCGAGCCUGUUCACCUUCCUCAUGUACUUGAAUGACGAGUUCGAGGGCGGCGAGACGACCUUCUUUACUCCGAGCGUACGUGACGGUGUCAUGAAUGCUCAUCCGGUGAGGCCGGUUAUGGGCUCGGUGGCGGUGUUCCCCCAUGGCGAGAACCAUGGUGCGCUGUUGCAUGAGGGCACUGGUGUUAGGAAGGGCGCCAAGUAUAUCAUUAGGACGGAUGUGGAAUUCGAUGUCGAUGCUGGACGGGAGGACUAAUGUGUUUGACAUGACCUUGCUAUGGGCUAUGUAUUUAUCCGAAGGUUCAAUAUACCGUCUACCGUUACCAUACGCUAUCAACCGACUACAGCUUAAAGUCCCUUUGGCCCACGUCUUAAAGGAAUCGAGAUGCUUCGCUAGACACUAUAACUUGGUCUAUACAUCAGAAAACUCAUGUAACCAACCCUUCGCUUUCUCGCUCCUCCUCGACCUCAGGGAUUCUGCUCACAUCGGACGACAGUCAGUCAGUCUUUAGACCAGAGUUAAACUCUGGAGGCCACUCCGCAAGCUGUGAAGGCCACUCAUGCUCCGCACGACACUCAGUCUCUCCGAUGUCCGAUUCCGUAGGAGUCAACACCACUUCAUCGUCACUAGAGGUAUCAUCGUCAUCGUCAGCGUUAUUGCCACCCUCCCGCGUC